GUCAAAUCGUCAACUGGGUCGAGCUCUGAUCCAUCGCCCAUCAUCCCUCUGGCUUGUUUGUAUUUGCCGCUUUGCCUCCCAAUUCCCCAUCUCUCCAUAAAUGAGUCGCAUUACUAUAACUUCACAGUCGCAGGCACUUGCUUGUUAACAUGCCUUGCCAUUUCCGAAUCGUCGGCGCUGUGUUAUGUGUCCUGUGAUCAUUCAUUCAUUCAUCUACUGUUUACAUAGUCUCGCAGUGGCUUGUGUAAGUAAUUUAUACAUUCAAGUACGCACAGUCCCACUUUUAGCUCCGGGUGAAAGAGAGAUCUCCCGUAUAGCCUUUCCACAAAUUGCCGGUAUUCGUAUCGUAUUUGUAUGCCCCUCUUAAAGCUGGGAGCCACUUUGUCUACGCCCAUACGGCCCCCAGCUUGAAUGUGUAUUCUUCUUUUUCUUUGUUGCCUUGCUGGUAUUUUAGGCUCGUGUGAGCGAAUGUAGCUUUGGGUGUUUUGGGAAACUGUCUCUCACACUGUCCUCCUCUCUGAGAGCUCUUUUCUUUCUUUCCUGGUUGCCUUUGUCCAUAGGCAUAUAGCUUGUUAGUUGGCUCCUUUCUUUCUCAGCUUAUUCCUUUCCUCCCAGCUUGAUUCACGCCGAGCGAGCUCGUAUACUCUUGUCUCUGUGUGAUAUUGUGUGGAUUUGUUACCUCUAAGUUCGUGUAUGUGUGUUCUUUGCUUGAUCAACUGUGCUUUGAUCUAUGGCGUGACUGUUGCGAGAUUGAGAAGGGGAGCUUUUUUAAUUCUCAUGCGCAUUGCAGGUGGUACUUUGCGUAGCAGCAGCUCAGCCCAGCUCUGAUCCAUCUCUGAUCACUUGUCGUAUGAUUUGAGAUUGGUCGCUCUUCAAUUUGGCAGCUUGCAGCUCUUUCUUUCUCUCUGGUCUUGGCUCUCACCUCUCCCAAUCAAUCUCUCCUUAUCUUUUCAUUUAAGUUCUUUGCGAUCUUCCCACCGGAAGAGAGAUCGCAUACUUCUGCUCUGCACUCCAAAAGUCGUCGUCUUUCCUUCGUUUUUAAAAGUUUCUCUUCUCGUCUAAAAAGCUUGCUUGCUCGGAGUUCUCGCUGCUCCGCGAGCGAUUGAUAUUGAUAUAUGCGAGUGAUUGAUUGAUGGGAGGUAUUAACAUAAGGUUUACUCAUACUUCCUUCUUCCUUCCUCGUUCGUUUUGUGUGGUUUUCCAGCGAGGUGUGUGAGCUCCGGGUGUGCUCGUGUCUGAUAUCAUCCUUUCUUCUCCCUGCUCUGCCUGUGUUGGUCUCGAGUACUAUGGCGCCUGCAACUCUGAUGGAUUAGGACCGGGAAAUUGAUUGAUACGAGGGAAUUUAUGUUGGCAACACAAGCACAACGUGUUAGAAUUUUCUCCACCCUCAGUCAGCCAUGGAGAGCUCUUUCUUUCACCCCCUCUCCACACCACAGCUCCGCGUUCAUCUGGCAUGGAGGAGAGUUAUAAAGAGAGCUCCAUGACAGCGACCAAGGAAGAAGAAAGGAACAAAAGAUGCGGGCUUGGACUUAAACCAUUACUGAUCCACCUCUCUGGGUUGUUAAUGGCGGGUUUGCUCAAUCCAUAGCUGCUGGACACACAAAAACACAAAACUCAUUCUUUCUCUCUCAAGCGCACACAUUCUUUCUCACACUCAAAGAACGGAAGUCUAGAGAGAGUGAGGGAGGAAAAAGAGAGCGACUUUGCAUAGUAGUCUGAGUACUUACUGCUCUUUUUGGUCCCAGAGAGAAUUUUUUGAGACUCCAAGGCAGGAUGGAUGGAUAGAGAAGGGCGAGCAACAGCUCCACGUCCAUGUUGGAGUUUUUAUUCCUUGGACUGCUCAUCCUUGUUCUUGUUCUGCCGCUGGCUGUGCAGAGGCGGCUGGCCGAGGAAUAUCGACAAGAGGGAUGUGAGUGAAAGGCGAGAGAGAGAGGAAUUCAAGGACGUGUCGACAAAAUGCCCGGCUCUCGGAUUCAUGGAGCUGUUGCUGCUCCCUUCUUCCAUUCUUUCACGUUCUCAUUCUUCAUUCAAGGCCGCCAAUUCAUGAAAGAGGAGUACUGAUCCAAGGAUAGAGAGGGAGAUAGAGAGAAAGCGGAACAAGAACACACACAAAGCAAGGAAGAAAAGUGAGCGGUUGUGAGGAAUCCGAAGGUGGUUCGUCCGCUAUCUUCCCUGCAUGUUUUUAAAAUGGAGGAAGUUCUCUUGUUUCUAGAGAGAGAGAGAGAGAGAGAGAGAGAGAGAGAGAGUGAGACAAGUGAUUGAUUGAUCUUUAAGGUUAGCGCCAACUUAAGCUGGCUGGGAUCGAGGGGUAUCUUUGACAGAUAGCUCGGAUAGAGAGGAAGAUUUAGAUGUGGGUGAAGAUGAGCUACCAGCGGCAGCAGCAACAGCAGCUCCAUCACUUCGAGCUCAAGCAGCAGCAGCAGCAGCAGCAGCAAGAGUUUGUGCAUCACCACCAGUUUGGAAACCACCACCAUCAUGGAGAGCUCAAGAACAAUACGCAAAGGCGAGAAGUCGAGGAUGAUCAUCUUCGAGAGCGCGAGCGAGAGGGCUAUAUGGUGAUGCCACUCGGGGUGUCGGAGAGAUUCAAGCUGGGUUUGGGGCAUCAGCAGGCACCGGCAAUCGUGUCCACUCUCCCCGUCGCCAUUCCCUUCAUGGAGGCCUCGUCUCGCGGAGCGCUCGUGAGGAGCGGUCUAAAGCUCAGCUCCUCGUCGCCACCACAGCUAGCGGCGUUGAUAGCGAAUCCAAAUCCAAGUCCCACCACCAUUGUCAGCAGCAGCAGCAGCGCAAGCAGCAGCAGCGGCCGGGAAUUCGAUCUCUGCUAUAGCAAUUGGCUGCCGUUCGCAAGAUUGCAGCAGCAAGCUCCCCAGGAGCUGAAUUUGCUGGCCAGAGACGACGAUGGCGAGUGCUGUCCUCCCUGCGACGCUUCCCAAGAAGAAGAAGAGGAAGACGAACAAGAUCUCCGACAAGACGAACAAGAUGGCACUGCUGCUGCCCAAGACAAAGAAGACAACCAUGUUCGAGAUCGUCAGCUCGUCGUCACAACAAAGCCCAUUCCAUUUUGGAGCCUGGCUACCAGCGCUUCCGCCGGAUCCACCAUCACCACCACGGAGGAGGAGGAGGAGGACACCAUACCAUACAAGCUCCAGCAGCAUCGGCACCAACCAGUCAUGAUCAAGACUGCAAUCUUGCCUGUCCAGUCCGACGAUUCAUCGUCCUCGUCGUCCGACUCGGAGAGCGAGCAAGGCCAAGAUCCCAGUGGUGGUGACAAGAUGGUGGUGAGCAGUAGUAGCAGAGGCAGCUUGGGGAUCAUGGCAAUAGCGCCAUCACCGCUCCAAAUCAGCAGCAAUGGCAGUUUCCAAGGUGGUGGAUAUGAUCAUCAUCGAGGAGUGGGCGCUAGUCCAGGUGGAGUGGGGAGCAGCAGCUGCAGCUCCGGGAACAAGCAGAAGCAGAAGGAGAACCAGACGGUGCCCGUGUACAAGGAGCAGCUGCUGCGGGAGUCGAGAUCUCGUUUGCCACACGGCCACUACUGGAUACCAACGCCCGCGCAGAUUCUCGUCGGCCCGACGCAGUUCUCGUGCCCCGUGUGCAGCAAGACCUUCAACCGCUACAACAACAUGCAGAUGCAUAUGUGGGGGCAUGGAUCCCAGUACCGCCGCGGCCCCGAGUCACUGCGCGGCACGCAGCCCACCGCAAUGCUCCGGCUGCCCUGCUACUGCUGCGCGGUGGGGUGCCGCAACCACGUCGACCACCCGCGAGCCAAGCCCCUCAAGGACUUCCGCACCCUCCAGACGCACUACAAGCGCAAGCACGGCAUCAAGCCUUUCCCCUGCCGCAAGUGCGGCAAACCGUUUGCCGUCCGCGGCGACUGGCGGACGCACGAGAAGAACUGCGGCAAGCUGUGGUACUGCAUCUGCGGCUCCGACUUCAAGCACAAGCGCUCGCUCAAGGAUCACAUCCGCGCGUUUGGGCUCGGGCACGCGGCGCUGGCCGACGCUGGGGCCGACGCUGGAAGGCGUGCGGCUGCGGCUGCGGCUACUGCGGCCGCCGCGGUUACCACCACCGCCACCACCACCACAGCGUCCGACGAUGACGACGAUGGCGACGAGCAAGACGAGGACGAGGUAUCUGUGGUCAGCUAGCCAUUAGAGCACUCCUUUACGAUGAUCUUACUACGCUUAUCUGGAUUUUUUCCUUUUCCUUCUCGGCUUCCUUGUGGUCGCUGCAAGCAAGCGGCCUUUACUCCCCUUAAUUCUGCAACCGAUACAGAACAAGAAAGGAACUUUUGUGAGCA